AAAGCUAGUUAGAGUCAAAAAUAAGCAACCAAUGGUGUUAACGGACACACCAGGAUCUGCAUUCGAUAAAGUAGCACUCGACGUAGUGGGUCCUCUAGCCCAGACUGAAAAGGGGAAUAAAUAUAUUUUGACAAUUCAGGAUCAGUUAACAAAAUUCUCUUUAGCCGUCCCUCUUGCGAGCACAACAUCAAUAGACAUUGCCAAUGCUUUAAUCUCAAAUUUAAUUUGUAAGUUCGGAGCGCCUAGGGCAAUACUCACAGACCAAGGAUCAAACUUUUUAAGUACCCUACUACGAGCUAUAGCACGUAAAUUUAAGAUAAAGCAGUACAAAACUACAGCUUUCUACCCACAGUCAAACGGAUCAUUGGAAAGGUCUCACCAUGUCCUAAUCGAGUACCUGAAGCAAUUUACGGAUAAGGAAAAAGAUUGGGACGAAUGGGUAGACACGGCUAUCUUUUCAUAUAAUACAAGUGUACACGAGGGAACACGAUACACGCCCUACGAACUAGUCUUCGGAAAAUUAGCUAGGGUUCCAGCCUCAGAUCCACCUUUGGACGAUGAAAUGGACAGGACAUACUUACAAUAUUACGCGAAUCUAAUAAACAAAAUAAAUAGAACACAAGAGGUAGCACGACAAAAUUUGAUGAGAUCGAAGGAAACUUCAAAAAGGUAUUACGACAAGAAAGCAAGACCGUUAACGCUAAGGGAAGGGGAUAAGGUAUUUUUACUGAAGGAACCUACUAACAAAUUCGGCAACCAAUAUACAGGACCUCAUCAGAUUUUAGAAAUACUCCCUCGAAAUAAUGUUAAACUAUCAAUAGGAAACCAUACUAGGAUAGUGCAUGCUAAUAAGUUAAGAAUAUCUAAAAUGAAAUAGGUUAAGGUGAUUAUUUUACAGAAACCAUGGGGCUUCUCGGAAUUUUAAUAACAACCGUAGGAAUCAUCUCUGAAUGUUACUGUUUGUUGGGGUACGACUGUGGGGGAGGAUCAACCAACAUCACAACAAUUUCACUAUUGGACACGGGAGAAUGUAAUAUCCCAUCACAUGCACCCAAUGCUACAGAAGUCUACAUUCAGCUUCUACAAUUAGCAGAAUACGAUUACACGCACGUACACCAAUGCCGAGUGGAGAUUGAUAGAACAAUUUAUUAUUGCGGAAUGUCAUCACAUGUGUCAGCUGUUCAAAAUGGAAGGUAUCAGGAUUGCGGGCCAAUGCCACCGAAUAUCGGAGUGCCACAUUAGCAGGAUCAAUUUCAAUGGACGGCAAGUGUUCGGGAACACAAUACGCCGAUCCGUACGGCACGUGGGACAAUGUAGUGGUGCAAGCAUCACUCAAAAUUAACAUCAAGGAAUAUUAUGCUACUGUAAAGAUAAGACAGAACAACGUGAUUUUGAGCAAAGGAGAGGUGUGCGUAUUUACGGAUGGAAUGUGCCUAACCGACGAGGAAGGAAAUGCGUUUUGGUCGACCAGGCCGGAGUCGUCCUGUAACUUCGAUAACUACAAGGUGCUAUAUGAAGGAUUUGCGACCAAAUUAAAAACCAUGGGUAAUACGGAAGUAUACCCGGACAUAUACACCAUCACGACUCAAGACGUUACAUUCACCUUGGAAAAAAGAGCAGAGCAUCAUUUGUGCGGAUAUACUUUACUACUGAGCGAGCAUCCAAAAUUAUUCAUUCUAGAGACGCAGAAAGGAAGGACCUUUGCGUCAAAAGCAAAAUUAUCAGUCGAAAACCUCGAUCUGUUCGCUUAUGUUAACUCCAAAUUUGUUUACCUUGAAAAACACAUAAGAACGCAAAUGACAGCCCUGUACAGCGACGUAAUUAGGCAAAAGUGCGAACUAGAAAAACAGGUCCUUAAGAACGCUUUGGCAUUAGCAACCCUCCGCCCAGAUGAGUUCGCUUAUACAAUCAUGAAGGCAGCUGGGUACAUGGCAGUAACUGUAGGGGAAGUCAUUCACAUAGUAAAAUGUACACCCGUCCCAGUCAGCAUUAGGCAAUCAGAAGAAUGUUACCAUGAACUACCUGUCACGCACCAGAAUAACAGUCUUUACCUGACACCAAAAUCGAGAAUACUGGUAAAGACAGGCACCAUAAAGGAAUGCAACGCACUACUACCAUCCAUGUACUACUUGGAGGGGAAUUGGUACAGACUGACACCGAAACCUGUGGAGGUACUCCCUCCUCAAACACUCCAACCAUUAACAAAGCUAGCAUGGAAAUAUAUUAAUACCAAGAACUUAAUGACGAGCGGAAUAUAUACGCAUCAAGACUUGGACAACUUACGGGACCACAUCAUGUUCCCCGCAGAGAGACCAGGACUUUUAAAUACAAUUGCCAGAGGAGCGACAGGACACCGCAUCCCACCUAACACUGUUUCGAUGUAUAACUUAUUGGGAGAAGCAGACAUCAACAAAAUUACGGAUAGCGCAAUCUCGAAGCUGUGGCAAGGCUUUUUAGCAUUUGGAUCAGCAAGUGCUGGAAUGAUCGGAUUAUUUAUCCUAGUUAAAGGCGUAAAAUUAUGUGUCGACGCCAUUAUCAGAGGAUACGUGCUCCAUACUGUCUAUGGAUGGAGCUUACAUCUGUUAGGAGCCAUCUGGAGUUCGUUGACGCAUCUACUUCUUCAUCUGGGACGAUCAGAUAAGCAAGACGGAAGGAAGACAACAAAGGGUGAAGGAAAUAGUGAUACCAUUGAAGUAACGGUGGACGACACAAAAGAUGAUGCUACUCCGACACCCGCAACCAGAGGAAGUUCAAAAUAUCCGAUUCUCGAAAGCAUCCUAGCAGCUCGUAAAAACAAGUCGUCAGAAAUAGAAAUUUCCUAACGACUCAAUUAAGGGGGGAGGUGUCACGUCGCCGUAUAACGACGUGUGGUACCCAAGCAUCUCU